CACUGUCCCUCAGAUGUCUUCAUGUCCUCUGCUUCCACAGGGAGAAGAUGAUCUCCAGCCUCCUGCUGCUGCUGGUCCUGACCUCCUCUGUCUGUGGAAGAAUUGUUGUGAAUGUGAACCAGACUUUCUACCAGGCUGUGGAAAACAGCAGCAUCAUGAUGGAGUGGAUCUUCACGCCCAUCAUACCCCUCACCAACCUGAACGUCUAUUGUUCGUUUUGGUUGUCCGAUCACAGGACUUCUAAGACUUUAUAUCAUCUACAAGGUGGUGUUGAACACCCAGAGUCUCAAAACAAGCAGUUUUUGGGACGAGCUCGAUGGGACAGGGAGGACCUGAGAAAAGGACUCGUCAGACUCCACCUGUCCAGACUCAGUAUCAGUGACUCCGGUAUUUACCGGUGUGAAGUGUUCACUGAAGAUGAUGAUUAUGAUGGGGGUUUCAGUGAGUGCUUGCUCAAUGUCACUGCUGCAAAACACCUGCCAGAAGAGCCAAAGGAGGGAGAAGAUGGAGCCGCCGUCAACAUCGGAGUUGUGAUUGGAGCUGUGAUCGGUUCUCUUGUAGUUCUUGUAGCUCUUCUCGUGGCAGUGGUGUUUGCUUUUAGACUCCGUCACUCAGGAGAACAAGAUCCAGAUACACAGGAAUCCCAGUGUUUCCCUAUGAUUUGUGGCAGUCCUACUGCUCCAUGAGGGAACAGGCACUCCACAGAUGAUUCGUGGUUUUUGUCCACAAAGCAGAGACAUCGGAACUGAGGAGGUGGGAGGAACAUGGAUCAGGCUGUCCAUCCAUACAACAUCACAUUACAGCUGCAGGGACAGACGUGUGCACCACCUGAACAGAAGGCUCACUCUGAAAUCUCACGUGAGCUGAGUCGCUGCAGGAAGACGACAGUGGAAAGCUGAGAGUUGGACUGGCUGGGAGGAGUUUGUUGUUUUGUGGUACAGGAAGCCUAGCUUAGUUUUAUCUUAAACAAAAAAAUAGAAAUGAAUAGAAAACACACUGGCCUGUAGUUUUGGUAUCACACUGGCUUAACCACCCUCUACCUCUGCAGCCAAUCAAGGAAGACUUGUGCCUUGAAACUUAUUAAACUUAAAAAAAUUUUCAGAGAUUGAGGCCUUACAAACUGAACCUGAUGCACCUUGUUCCCUGUGAGGCACAUCCAACAUAUCAGUGAACUGUUUCCUUCUAACUUGAAUGGGGGAGGGGUGGGUCGAGCCAGAGCCAGAGCUGUGUUGUUUUUAACUAGCUGUUGUAGCUCUGUGUUGCUAAUAUUAGCUAACGUUACAAACAGGGCAGACCUCUUUUUCUUAAGUGACUGCACUACGUUUUCAAAGUGUACGGUUUGUAUAUCCAUAUGUUCCAUGUAGCAUUUCAAAAAGCUGUUAGAAAGCUUGAGGUUCUCACACUGCUGCAGUUUGAAUGUUGUGAUCAUUAAUUACAAAAACCACUACACUGUGACAUUUUAAUUUGACUUUUAUUUAUUUAUUUUUUGUAAGUUUGAAGGCAGCUUUAUUAAUAAUUUCUCCUGCCAGUUCCUAUACAACCUGGACACAAAGCGGAGAUGGUAUAAUUUCAAUGACUUUUCAUUAACCACAGUGCAAAUUAAUUGUUGUAUUAUCUUUUUCAAGCAAAUAAUAAAGUUUGAGAGGG